UCUGGAUGUCUGGGACCUAGUUGUCUAUGUAGCCUGACGUCUGGGUAAGAUAAUUGAAGAGGCAAGAGGACAGAACAGAAGACAAGGUGCCACAAGUGAGUGGCAUGUGGAUAACAAACUUCCAGGAUAAGACAUUAUUCUCACGAGUCACGAUAGCAAUGUGAACAUAGCAUGCAUGCUGCACUUGAUACAGUAUUGAACAAGCUAUAUUUUUACACUAGCUAGUUAGCUUGCUACAAGUGGUACUGUAGAUGGUGAAACCAGAGACGCAAGCUAGCCUGCACAGUCAGCCUAGCACUCCCUUCGCCGACAGCUGACAUACGGAAGGCCGCAUUACUGACUGUAGGGUGGGGAUUUAAACAACUUUCGUGAAACGUCUGUACGGAACGUGUAAAAGAGGUAUCACACAUAGCUCAUGUACUGUACCGGAUAAAUAACUACAUAUCUUUUGUUGGCUGAAAAUGGAUUCCUCUUUGGCCUUCACAUGUGACGAGCAGUGCUUGGCAACUGUAAGAGGACAGGAGCUUAGGCCAUCCGGUCAGAAGGAGCCCAGGCUAUUAUCACUGAUUGAGCGCUCUGGAGACUUUAUUUUGGGUGUUUUGGCUUUCCCGGACACUGUUGUAUCUUAUCCGGUACCUCAGCUGUCGAUACCCAUCAACGGUCAAUUUCGGUUAGUGCAAGAAGCUGAAGAAGCACUGCUCAUUGACUUACCAUUAAAUACUUGCAUCAGAAUACGGGUCAGAGGGGAGAACGCCCCAGAGCUGGUGCUGGAGCUUCAGGACGAUGAGCGCAGCCAGAAGUUCUUCUCCGAGGUGAAGAGAGCCAAGCAGCUAGUCGAGUCCAAAAGGCCACAGACCCAGGCUAUGGAUCCCAUCGUAUCAGUUCCCACAAUGCCGGCUCCCCGCGUAGCCUCUUCCGCAUUCCCACCCAUCCCUCCCCAGAGGGGGACCCACAAAGCUGCCAAGCCCAGUGGGGUACCACCCCCACCUCCCAACCUCAGCAACAACUCCUCAUCAGCCAGGCAGGCCAGCACAGCUGACGGACGGGAGCCCGGCCUCUCUUUGGCCGACUUCGGCUUCGAGGAGACUUUCAACCAUUCGCUCAAGGUAGAGGAAAAGAAGAACCAGCAGAAUAGUAUGGUCCCCCCCCGGGAAGCACCACCGAUCCCACCGCUGCCUCCCCGUAAAGGCUCCUUCGCGCCUUCCAACCCUCUCCCACCCGCGCCCAACACCACCCAUAAAGAGAGAGUGUCGUCCCUCCAGACUAAAGACGCCACCUUCAUCACGCCUGGCAAAUUAGAUGUUUGGACCUCAGCGGAGCGUGUUGAUCGGCCCAGUUCGUGGAGCGACAGCCCUACCACCAACACCAUGCGGAGCGCCGUGUUCUCCACUCAGGCCGGACAGAGAGAAUACCUCAUCAAACACCUGCUGGGCAAGAAGGAGAAGGAGUAUGUGGACAUCAAGGACUUCAAGUUCUUUACUGGAACUUGGAAUGUGAAUGGUCAGUCCCCUGACAGUCGUCUUGAGCCCUGGCUGUGUUGUGACCCAGAACCUCCUGACCUCUAUGCUUUGGGUUUUCAGGAGCUGGACCUAAGCACGGAGGCCUUCUUCUAUCUGGACUCUUCCAGAGAACAGCUGUGGGUGGAGGCCGUUGAGAGAAGUUUGCACCCGAAAGCCAAGUACAAGAAGGUGCGCAUUAUCCGUUUAGUGGGCAUGAUGCUGCUGGUGUAUGUCAACAAGGUGCACAAGAAUCACAUUAAAGAAGUGGCGGUGGAGCAAGUGGGAACCGGCAUCAUGGGAAAAAUGGGGAACAAGGGAGGCGUGGCGGUGCGCUUUGUCUUCCACAACACCAGCUUCUGCUUCGUCAACUCCCACCUGGCGGCCAAGGUGGAUGACGUCGAGAGGAGGAACCAGGACUACAAAGACAUCUGCGCCCGCAUGAGUUUCAACCUGCUAGACCACCCGCCAAUCAACAUCGUCAAACACGAUGUGGUGAUCUGGCUUGGGGAUCUGAACUAUCGGCUGUGUUUGAUUGACACGGGCGAGGUCAAACAGCUCAUCUCCCUGAAGGAACUAAGAAAGCUGCAGGGCUAUGACCAGCUAAAUAUCCAGAGAAAGACCAAGAGAGCUUUCACAGACUUCAUGGAGGGAGAGAUCAAUUUCAUACCCACGUAUAAGUAUGAUCCCAAGACAGACCACUGGGACUCUAGCGGGAAGUGCCGUGUCCCGGCGUGGUGCGACCGCGUCCUGUGGCGGGGCAGUAACGUGAAGCAGCUCCACUACAGAAGCCACAUGGAGCUGAAGACCAGCGACCACAAGCCGGUCAGCUCCCUCUUCAGCAUAGGGGUCAAGGUGGUGAACGAGGCACGCCACAAGAAGGUCUUUGAAGAGAUUGUGCGCAUGAUGGAUAGGAUGGAGAACGAAUUUCUGCCAUCUCUGUCACUGAGCCACAGAGAGUUCAUGUUUAAGGACGUCAAGUUCAGGCAGCUGCAGCGGGAACGCUUUCUGAUCACCAACGACGGGCAGGUCCCCUGUCACUUCAUCUUCAUCCCUAAGCUCAACGACUCGCAGUACUGCAAGAACUGGCUCCGUGCCGAGCCCAGCGAAGGCUUCCUCGAGCCCAACGAAACUUUAGAGAUCUUCCUGGAUGUGUAUGUGAGCAAGGACUCCGUGACGCUGCUCAACUCCGGAGAGGAUGCCAUCGAGGACAUCCUGGUGCUGCACCUGGACCGGGGCAAGGACUACUUCAUCACCAUCUCGGGCAACUACCUGCCCAGCUGCUUCGGCACCUCGCUGGAGACCCUGUGCCGCAUGAAGAAGCCCAUCAGGGAGGUCCCCGUCACCAAGCUCAUCGACCUGGGAGAAGACAGCUACAUGGAAAAGGAGAAGUCCAGGAUGAGUUUCCUGAUGGCAGACAGUGCUGGGUCGGAGGACAAGCCCCUGAAGAUCCCCAAGGAGGUGUGGCUCUUGGUGAACCACCUCUUUUCCAAGUCCUGCCAACAGGAGGACCUGUUCCAAACACCGGGUCUCCAAGAGGAGCUUCAGAGUAUCAUCGACUGCCUGGAUACCAGCAUUCCUGACUCCAUCCCCGGUUGUAACCACUCAGUGGCCGAGGCCCUGCUGAUUUUCCUGGAGGCUCUCCCUGAGCCUGUGGUGUGUUACGAGCUCUACCAACGCAGCCUGGAAUGCUCCCAUGACAGCCGCCUCUGCAAACAGUUGAUUUCCCAGCUGCCUCGGGCUCACCGAAAUGUGUUCCGUUACCUGAUGGCUUUCCUCAAGGAGUUGCUGAAAUAUGCCCACAACAACAACCUCACAGCCAGUCUCAUAGCAACCCUCUUUGCCAGCCUGCUCAUCCGGCCCCCGCCCAACAUGUUGGGCCGUCAGACACCGCAGGACAGACAGAGAGCCAAUGAUUUCAUCCUGGGCUUUCUCAUGGGAGGAGACGAAGAGUGAUGGGGUUAUGGGUUAGAUACAGCCUCCGUCAUCAGGACUUUUCGAUGACCGGUGGAGGAAUGGGUUUUUGCUCUUUCGGAUCCUGUUGUAGGAGAGAACUGUGAAAUCAUAUGUGACCCUCUUGUAUCAGACCCUUAUCAACGCCCUGCCCUCAGCUCAUGCAGGGCUGAACCCGAGUCACUUUAAACCAUCAGCACUCACUAAGUCCCAUUCAGGUUUUCAACCACCAAGAGCUGUUCAAUGCCAAAACGACUUCCUAUACCUGAUUUUGUUCUGAACUUUGAAUGUAAGCAAAUGUGUGUGUAUGUAACCCCAUUAAUACAAAAAUGAGGAUAAUCCGUUAAUCCAAAACACUAAAGAUGGAUCAGGUAUUGUGUUGCCUGGAAGAUUUUGGAUUGAGACCACCUGAUCGAUAUUCCAUUCUGGGGGAACUGUUCAAACUAUAGGUGCGCAAAGAAUUUGGACACAUGAAAACAAGGAGCUAAACUUUUGCUUGUUCGAAAUUCUGAUCAAGGUAAAUGGACAUUCUCCCUACAAGAUGAUGACAAUCGGGAGAAGCCUCAUCUAGGAUCAGCGAUACUAUUGGGAGAUGUGCUAGCGUUUUAAGUGGGCGUACCCAUUGUAGUUUAAACUAGUGUUAUUUAUGAUAUUUUCCUUACAUGACUUGCACCAUCUUUAUAGUUUCUUUCAAUUUCCUACUUUUAAGAGACCACAUUAUAGAUGUUCUUUAACCUGCCCUUGAAUGUGCAAAGCCACCUGUUUUUUCUGCUGGUCUAAAAUGUGUAUUGAUAAAUAGCCGUGAAUGUGUGUAACUUAACCUUGAGCCUUAUUGUUGGUACAGCUGUUUGCUCCUUUCAAGUACAUUACGACUCAGAACCCAAGUCAAUAUAGGCUGUUAUAUGCUAUCCUUCCGACCAGUUUCUCAGUCAAUGAUUAAGCGUACUGGCGAUGAGCAUCUUCUGUCGAGCUUGCUUUUCUAGUUCAAGGCUUUUAUUCUGAGUCCGGGAAGCCCUGCAGUUUGUUCGGGAAGGCCAUCUCGGAGAGAACACCGCUAUGUUAUUGCUGUCUUUACUGUUAUUCAUUGUUCUCUUCCUGUCCCAUUUGUCCAUCUUUGGGUGAUUGAAACUGCUGUAACCUCUAGGACGGAGCUGUGUUUCCAUGUGUUUUCAAUAUUUAUGUGCUGUAUGUCCAUCAUGCAGGUGGUACCGCCUUUUUAACCAUUUUCUUCGUAUGUCAUCAUUUACAUUUGUCUUUGGUGUCUUUUCUUGCUUCAUCCUUGCCUUUAUCUUCUAAAAUCUGUCCUCUGGCACCUUCAGCAUUCCAUAUAAUUGCAUUGUUCUAGAGCUGGCGCAAGUUAGUCCACUUGUCACCUGAUCGGCAAGCCCUUGAUAAGUGCAUUUGAUGUGAUUGUUAAGGGCUGCAACUUAAUUGUUGAAUGUUUAGGAGUCCCCGAGGAGAGAUUUGAGAACCACCAAUAGGGCUGUAAUGUUUUGAUAGUUUCUUCAUCCAACAGCCUUUCUGGUCGCUCUUUGUAGAUUCAGUCAAUAUCAUGUUUUGUCCACUGUCAGAUGUAUGUUUUAAAUCACUGAGGAUUGGUUGAAUAGGGAACCAUUAGGUGAACCCGUUUAGACUGAACCCAUUAAGCGGUUCAAUCCAUUUUGGAUUUCCUUAUGUUGUUUUGGAUAGUCUUGUAAUUGAAACCAAAACCGUAAAUGCUGUCCAAUUUCCACCCAGUGGUUACUCCUUUUGCAUCCAGUAAUAACACAUCAAUACAGCUCCUGGCUGGCACUUUACAGGCCUGUCGUGUGACCCAGUCAGUACAUAACGCUUAUUUCUACUUUAAGCCAGAAAUGUUUCCGCUGGCUUAUGCCUCCAGUCGACUAAUCUUGCCAGAAAAACCUGUUAGUCAUUAAGCAGACACUUAAGGACUAGCUGAAAAUUCCGUUCAUGCUAUGGGCAGUAGCCAAACCCCUGUAUUGUUGACAUUCCAUAUUAACGGUUUGACAAUAUUGAAUGUCUGCCGACAUCUUAAACAGUAUAGGACUUGGCCGCUACAGGCUCAGAGUAGUACAGCUGUUUUAAACCAUGACUCAGUGGGUCACACAACAUUAGCCAACACCCUUGGUUUUUCCCAGAGAAGCCUUUACUUUGUAAACCUGUUUAAUAGUACUAUUGGUACACCGGAAAAUCCAUUCAGAAACAUUGGCCUGGAUUCAUUCCUAAGGCGGGUUAUAGGCAUUGUGCUUGUUAAAGGCGAUGUGAGCACAGAUUACCCAACACAGUAAACGCUUUGUUUAUUUAUUGGCUGAACCAGGAACUUCCCUUUAAACGUACAGUACAUAUAGCUCGUUUUCGGAUUGAAUCCAGGCCCAAAAGCUUGUGUAAAUAUCUUACUGACAGUUUGUUAAUCAAAGCCCUCACCGGUUUGCAGCUCUCUUUGUCAGCAUUUUCCCUGAGAGUUGGCCCAAGUGUACAUUUCUGUGCCUCACAGCUAUCAUCACAGUAGAUUCUUAAAAUUGGCCAGGUGUGCUGCUAGCAUUCCCCAGAGUUGACAAAGUUUACUGCUUUGCUUCGCUUUGCCAAACCGUGACAUGACCCCGAUGGAUCCAUUGUACCUUUGUUUUGUCUCAGAAAUCAAACAGUGGAAGAGUCACUCUAGGAGUGGCAUGAUAUUCACAACGCAGCUUAUACAUCAGAUGUUGUCUGAAUUGAAUUGGGAGAUCAGUGUAUGUUUUCAUGUCUUCAACUGUCGCCUGUCUGGGUAUUUCAUGUGGUCGUCUCCAUGCUCUCUGCUUUUCAUGGGGUUUUUAGAACGGUCUGUCUAGUGAUUAUGGUACUUAUGCAAUGGAAACAUGCACAUAUGUAGUUUUAACCUUUUUUUUUUGUACCUUUAAUUUAUUCAACGGAAAUAAAAUAAUGUACAAAAACCA